UCAGCAUUUUGUGUGAAUGGCAACUGCACUUAAUAAUCAGCUGUCGCUUGUUUUUGCUUCGUGACAUAACCGCAAUUUUCUAAAACUUGAAAUCUAAAUUAUUUAAUGAAAAGCACAGCAAAUUAAAUUAAUAUGUCUCACAAGUACACGGAGCUGAUUAAGCUCGGCACGCAGUAUGCUCGCCGGAUGAACUACCUAUCAAAUCGCAUUUUCGGCGAAGUGGCUCGCACCACAAACGAGAAAUCCAUGAAGGUGGUUCGUAUGUUUUCGGAGGAACCAAUUCACAAACGGGACUACGUGGUCAACUGGUAUCCGCGGCACGUGGAGACGCACCUGCUGAUGAAGAACCUGCGCGACUACGGCCUAUUUCGCGAUGAGCACCAGGACUUCAAGGAGGAAAUGAAGCGUCUGCGCAAGCUGCGCGGUAAGGCGCCUCCCAAGAAGGGCGAGGGCAAGCGCGCCUCAAAGAAGUAGUACAAUAAAUAUUCUAACAUUAAUUUUUAUUGAACCAAA